UUUUUCAUCGCCGGUUACGACACGACCAGCGCUUCGCUCUCUCAUGUCGUCUAUUAUUUGUCUCAAAACAAAGACAAACAACAGAUUCUGAGGGAAGAACUCAACGCUUUGGACACAGACUUCACGUAUGAAAACCUAAACCAAUGCCAGUAUUUAAAUGCAGUCAUCGAUGAGAGCCUAAGACUAGCGCCCCCUUUGGCUAGUAUUCAACGGGAAUGCAUUUGCGAUUAUAAACUGGGAAAUACCGGUAUUACAAUUCCCGCGGGAACUAAUGUAGAGUUUCAGCCGUAUGUUAUACAUAGAGACCCGGAAUUAUUCGCCGACCCUGAUCAGUUUAAACCCGAAAGGUUUCUUAAGCCCACACACCAUCCGUACGCAUACCUGCCCUUUGGUGGCGGCCCUCGACUAUGCGUUGGUAUGAGGUUUGCCUUAAAUGAGAUGCGAAUGUGUAUCGCAAAGAUUGUACACAAGUUUGAGUUCACACUCGCUCCGGGAUUUGAGAUGGAUUAUUUCACGGGAAGUAUAUUAUUAACGCCUAAACAAGUGUUGGUUAACAUCAAGAAUUGCUAA